AGAGAGAGACGCAGAGAGAGAGACGCAGAGAGAGUGAGCAAGAGAGAGAGAGAGAGAGAGGUUGGCUUGUCCUACCUAGCAGCAUGUAAUGCUUUACAAAAAGUCACAAUGUAGGUACGGACAGGCAUUCCCCACCUAACUUUAUAAAUAAAUGAUGAAAACAAUAACGAUGCAAAACAGAAAAUCAAUUCAAAAUCAUAGUGCAUUUAAUUUCCUCCAUUUACAAUCUCCAACGAACCCGAAACAAGAAUAUUCAAAGAAAAUUUGCGUAUUCAUAAUACUCAUCCAGCCAUGCAUAAGUGCAUGGAAUCUUUGAAGCACAAAUUGCUGCGCUGCACCCUGGAGCGCUGCUUGCACAAAGUGGUGGCGUCACCGAGUACGCCGGAGUACACGUCAUAUGGUAUUUCAUUGUGACGUCACGCCAUGUAAACUGCUCCUGCUCGCGCGUUUCAUUUUUAUCAUAGUUACGCACCAUGGAAACGCGUAUCUGGAAACCAAGGUCACUUUUUGUUUAUAUCUAAGUUACAAACCAUUUUCAUAUUGACUGAUCUUCUUGAAGCAAAUAACGGAGAAACUCUCGAUUCACACUUGAACUUACAUCAGUGCGGUUUUUGGUUUACAUUUCUUUCUAGACUAGAGUCUAGAGUCUAUAUCGAAUUCUUUCUCCUAACGCUUCUCAUUUUCUUCAAGAAAAGCAGCCGAUAAUCAUGUCUUUAAUUAAUUUCCAUGAAACGAGUGAAUCGUCUGAUGAUGAAGCGUCACAUGUUGGGCAAAUUGACCUUCGAAAUGAUGACCUGUCGGAUGCAACGAUUGAAGAAUCAUCUUCUGAAGAUCGCAUCAACGAAGUGACAGGGACGAGUGACCUUGUCGAUGCCAUCGAUAAAGAACCUGAUGUCGUCACCGGAAUUGAUGACCGCAACAUCCCUCCUACCGAUCAAACUUCCAUCACGUCAUCACCAUCGCCUGUAAGUGUAACCACCACACUGCUGCUUCAUCGUCCACUCCUUGUCAGGAAACGACGACGUCGACAUGGAACUCGAUCACACCCUUCGUAGGGGCUGUGCAGGGUCCAGUCGUUAAUGUGUACUCGCCUUUCAUCGAAGACCAGAGGGAAGUGACACCGGGGCCAAACGUGUUUGAGAAGAACAUGCGGAACGCCAUUGAAUUACGCGAGCAUGAGGACACGACCGGUGCUAACGAUCAGCAAAAUGGCAAGAAAAAGACAGACGGCAGUGUCGAAGAAUCCACACCUAGUAAUGGUGAUGUUGUGGAAACUCCUAGCAACAGGGAGUCUGAUGAGACCUCGGCGGGCCGAUUGGUAAAACGGAGUCCAUCGACCCAUCAGUCGAGGAACCUAAUGACCCGGACCUGCCUGAAGUCGAGCCCGAGGGAUAUACCAAUAAGGAGGAAAGUGAGACCUUGGUCGAAGCACAUGGCAACCUCAAACAGGCUGAAAUUUCGGUCGAGGAGGCACCUUGCGACAAAGAAAAGACGAAGGACAUAGUCUUGGAGCCCUGCAACAAGAAGUACCCUGACGCUCUAAUGGAGGCAGAUAGCAGCACGGAGGUGGCAGACACACCUGCAGAGGCUCAGAGUCUAGACCAAGGAGAGACUAAUCUACCGACCGAGAUCUUUCCUGGUGUUGAACAUCCAAAGGAAGGCGAAACACAGACUGACAGUUCAGCUCCGCAGACACAGACCGAAGCUGAUGCCAACACCAUCGCCCAGGCCAAGGAAUGGCACGAUUCCGUCGUUAGUCGCUUGGCCCGGCUACGAGGCCUAUCAUGUUGGCUUGGUGAUCGUAACAAGCGAAUGGACGGUAUGGUCGAGAUUCUUGUCCGGUCCCUGGAGCACAUGGGUGUCGGAGCGGUGACCGACCACAUUGGAAAUUUGAUUCCCCUUCAGAAUUUUCGUUUGAACUCGGCCAUCAAGCUGUCUACGGCAGACAACACAUGGACAACGUGUGAUGACGAAACCAUGAGCAACGACAUCAAUGCCUGGUUGCCGGGCUCUCUCCCGGACGAUCACAACCUCCCGUUGACGAACGAGCAGAUGGGGAAGUAUGAGAGCCAGGUGGAGGUUCUCCGAGCCGAGAACGAGGCUCUCCAGCGCUCCCUGCAGACGGCAUUGGACAACCAGGGUUCGUUAGGCGUCCAAAUCAACCAGUGGCAGGCAUGCAUUGACAGCGCUGGACAGCAGCUGUGUCAGGUCACUCAGGAGGUCCACGACUCAAAGUCUCGGGAGAGGCACCUGCGUCAUCUCCUGGGUGAGGAAAGACGAAUCAAGGACUCACUGGUGCAACAAAACUCUUUAACGAAGGCAGACCAAGACCACGCGACAGAGAACGUGAACUGCUGGCCCCCAAACAUCAACGAAGGAAUAUCUGGUCCUUCCCAAUCGACAAAUUCGGCACCCGGCGAGAACAGCGCGACUUGUUUGCAAGGAUUAGCAGGGUCACCUGGUACAGAGAUGCCAUGGCAACAAACGCAGGGUAUCUCUUCUGGACCGAGGGACACACAUAGCAGCAGAUUGAACAGCUCUGCACCGCCUUUCAUUUCGGCAUACUCAUCGCCUCACAGACAGAAUUACCGCAGUAACUGGCAUGCCAGAUCGGACUGGCAUCCGAGAUCUGGAUCCGGUCGAACAUUUGGAUCCGGCACGGGACGAGGUCGCCAUGGCAGUGGGAGAGGGCAUUACAGAAAGGAGCACAGCACCAACGUGGGUUUCAAUCGGCUUCUGGACGGUUUCUUUGACAACUUGAACCGAAUCGAGAACGCCCUUCGCCAACAAGGAAUCAAUGUGCCUGGUCCGACGUCUGAUGCUGCACAAGUAGUCCAGCAGCAACAGCAGCAGCAGGUCGUCUGCAGUAACGUAAACGUGCAGUAUCCAACGGUUAAUGACUUACAGCAACAGCAGCAGCAAGAAACGGCCGCUCCAAACCAGCCAAUAUAUUACAGCCCGCCCAUGCAGCCUGUGGUCUACCCAGGGCCAAUGAAUGUAGUUGCCCAUCCGGUCCAGUCGAUCCCUUCAGUGCAGCAGGUUCCUCAUCAGAGCCCGAUGGUAGUCCAAGCCAUCCCACAGCCUCACGUGCAGUUUGCACAAGUCGAGGGACAGGCUUAUUAGACCUACAUGGCUAGGGGAGAAUAGAAGAUACUUCAUAACGAGAAGGAGUAAAAGGGAAUUUUGCUAGGGUGGUCGAGCGGCAGGUCUCACGUGAAUUGCGCACUUAUAUUAUGAGACACUGUGUGUAUAUAGUUCUCCAUCGAUGUCCAUAGGGACGGACUUUGGGGAACGGAAUGAAGAUGGAUGCGAUUCGGCAGAUCAUGAGAAGACUGGUUGAAGGUGUCUUGAUGGCACCGGGGCCGCAUGCAUUAAAACUUGUGAUUGAACGCAGCUCCGAAUUUCAAAGGCUAGUUCUCACUCCUGUGUCUGAAUAAGAUAACGUUGUAUGUGAUUCUUUGAGUGGCGUGUAAUCGGUCACAGUUUUUUGAAACAAUUUUGUUCUUUUAUGUUUGUUUGUAAGGCUCCAGUUGAAUUUAGUAUGGCGUGUUAAUCAUGGAACAGUGUAACAGGAUGAUUUGUAAAUAAUCGUGAACUAUGUAAGAUAUUAUUAUUAUCAAGGCAUUUAAUUGGAGAAAGAGAUGAUGUUGCCCUCUUGACGUUGAUUCAUUGGAGCGAGGCGAUGAAUAAUGCUAAAAAAAUAAGUGACAUAAACAGAUAUUGGUGCUCUGAAUGAGGAGGUUGGUAUGUUUCAUACUAUCAUAAGAAUUCGAUCACAAACAUAGUCUUCUCUUUUUUUCCGCAGACAGGAUUAAUUUUGUGUUCAUUCAGCAAUGACAAAAAUGAAUGACAUCAGUCGGCGUCAUAAUUUACAACUGGCGCUUUAACUAUUCGCCCCUAGAUUGAGGUUAAGCAUAUAUAUACCACAGGCAUAUCGAACUUUCACUUUAGAAUGAUUUCUUGAUUCAAAUGGCAUCCACCCUUCCCAAAAUUUGAAGACUGGGAGAGGAUUUUAAGGCUAUCAAGUCCAUUUUUAUGUCGUGAAGAUAUUUGAUGAAGGAAAUAUCACAAAAUGGUGUGAUCUACAUAUAGUUUGAUGUUUAUUACUUUUGUGGUCAAUAUGACGAAUAACCGAGGGGGAACACAAAUCAUUUCCCGCUGAUUAUGGAGUCUAAAGUAUUAUGAAAUUAAUGGAAAUAACAUUUAAAAUCAAGAGUAUUAAAUGCUUUCAUCAUGAAAACCUAGCCUGCAAUGAUAAUGAACUGUAUGGUUAUCGCAUUAUGUCAAUUAUGUAAAACAAACAAAUAAAGAAAAUAUAAUCAAACUCUUU